UAGUUUAUCAGAGGUUACGUUUUGUGUGCAAAGACGCGUCGCGGCGGCAGACAUAAUUAUUAUUGAAGAGGCUAAAAAAAGGCUCAUUUCAGUCCGAGGUGAUUGAAUUUUGCCAUUCGAAUAGAUCAAGGUUGAGAAAGGGUUUUGCUGAAGAAAAACAGCGCAAUCGUAUGAUCAUGUCAGUGACCGCAAAUAAUAGUGACAAAACAACACCAAUGAAAUUUGAUGGGAAUAUCGCAUCGCAAGCGUUCUGCUUGCGAUGGAAUAACUUUCAGUCAAAUAUGUUGAAUGUAUUCGAACGACUGUUUCUCGAUGAGAGAUUUGUCGAUGUAACACUUGCCUGCGAUGGCCAAUUAAUAAAAGCACAUAAAAUGGUACUAUCCGCAAGCAGUUCAUAUUUUCAUGAAAUUUUUACAACAACACCGUGUCCACAUCCAGUUAUCAUUUUAAAAGAUAUUCCAUUGAAAGAUUUGCGAAAAAUACUCGAAUUCAUGUACAAAGGUGAAAUAAAUGUUUGCAAACAGGAGAUAUCAUCAUUGUUGGCCAUUGCUGAAACACUACAUGUACGUGGAUUAGCACAAAUUGAUACAAAUAAUGAUGAGCCACAAUCAUUUCCAUCGAAUGUUAAUAUUUCAAAUGGAAAUCAAGUGACAACCACAUUGAAUCAAUUAUUAAAACGUACAAAUGCACGUCAAUCAUCAAUUGAUUCACUUGUUUUGAUUGAAGAUGAUGUUGCGCAACAACCGACCAAGCAAAUAAAACUAACCAAUGACACAAAUACAAAAUUCGUAAUGGCACCACAACAAUCACAGCCACAGUUACAGGACAAUUCAAUAGAAAAUGCAACAUAUAGUUCAACAAACGAUACGGAGCAUGAUGCUUUUGAAAAUACCACCGAAUAUGACGACGCCGUUGAAUCCAUACAAAUUAAAGAAGAAGGAGACGAUGAAGGAGAAGACAUCAUUAGUAAUUAUAUAACUGACACCCGGAGUUUUGAAGGUUUCCAUUGGAUGGAUCCAAAUGUGCACUCCAUUUCAUCCGAACCAGUGGAAACUGAUGGGAAUAAAGGAAAGACCGCUGUAAAAAAGAGUGAAUCAACAAAAUUAAAAGCGCCAUCGUGGACCGCUGAUCAGUUACGUGAAGCAAUCGAAUCAGUGGUAACGCAGAAAAUGCGUUUCACUCAGGCGUCCAUGAAGUACAAUAUACCAAAAGGAACGCUUUACGAUAAUAUUUUAGGUAAAUCGAAUCGAAUGGAAGUAUUAGCAAAAUCUGGUUUGAAUGCAAACGAUGAAAAUACCGUGCUGGAAUACUGCUGUGAUCUCUCAGCGUCACCGUACAAUCGACGCACACGGAAACCACUUUCGGAAAUAUUGCAAUUCGUCUAUCGGCUGGGAAAUUGCAAUCAUCAAGUUUUUGACGAAAACAAUCGAUUUGCCUAUCGCUGGUGGUGGGCAUUUUGCAAAAAGUAUUCAAUCGUUUCGUUGCAUUACGAUAACAAUGCAAACAUUAAAAUGACUGAAAGAAAUUGAUUUGAUUCACUUCACAGUCUCAGAUCUAUACCACAUCCAGUGUUAACAUAUCUUAUGAUUAAUUGAUAAGAUUUUCGUGUCUCGUUUUAUUUUUUUUUGACGCACACUGUCCAGGGGGUCAACAUUCUCGAAUUGAUUGCACAUUGGUGAUUAAUUUGUAAAAAAAUGUGUCGUUUGUAAAAUUGUGACUCGCCAGGAAAUGAGUUACAGAUCAAAUUUUGGAAAAGCCCAUUCAUCAAAAAGACUAUAGUUAAUAAAUAAAUAAAAUUUCGAAAGUUUAGUCAAUAAUUUUAGUGAUUGAUUUGAACACAUAUGAAUAAUCUAGGAGAUUUCGCGCAUAUAUUUAUAUAUAUUAUUCGAUGGUUCUGGAGUAAAAUUCAUAAUGCGGCUCAAUAUUUCAACAAAAUAUCAAUUUGUAAUUCUGCGUUAGUGAAGCUUGCGUUGGUAACGCUGCUAUGGUUUUUAUUUUUGGCAUUAAUAAUUACGUUAGAUUAUAUAAACACCUUUCGAACUAAUAUCUUAGAGGUGUCAUCUCACUCGAUCAAAGAUUCUUUCAUUAAUUCACACCAAUCUUUCAAUCAUCAUCCAAUUAUACUCUAUCCAUGAUUCAUCCAUCCAUCGUUCAUUUAUCACAAAUGACGUCACAAAUUUUCACUUAAAAUCUGCAAAAUUAGCAUUUGAUCCCCUGGACCGUAUAGGCUUUAUUAUUCAUAGCUUUUGAUCUGUAUUAUAACUUUGUUCUGUCUUCAAAAUAAAUUCAAGUAUCUUAAGAAAAGACGAUUAACAUGAAAAUGAUAGAAUUACAAUUGCAUGUUUCUCAUAGCUGAAAAAUAGAUGUAUACUGAGCAAUUUGAAAAUAAAAAAAUUGCGUCAUUUGGUUGCAUCCACACAACGUAUAGACUGAUGCUAAGACUUUUCGAGGUUAAAAAUGGUUUUAUUCCAUAGUUCUUCAUUUUGAUUUCGUUUACUUUCUUAGUUGGUCAAUCGUAAAAGUGAAUGAUGUAUAUCGGCAUACCGCAGAGGAAAACAAGGAAAAAUAUUUAUUUUAUCAGCUAAAUGAACGUUUUCAUAUCAAAAUCGGCUGUCGGUGAAUUCAUUUAACCCUCUCAAGGAAGUUUGAUACAAAAUAUUCGAUUUUCUAAAAUAUCUCUUAUUCGUCUAACGAUCCACCCAAACCGUCUAAAUUGAAUUUCCACUACCGAGUUUUAUCUUUGCUUCUCUCUUUCAUAUUUUUUUUUUUUUUUUCUUCAUUGGAAA